AUGUUUUCCAGAUUUUCAGAUAUUUUGGGCCUUUUUUUGGUGGAAUUUCCGUUCUCCCACCUUCACGGUAGACGCCCUGCUAAGAACCCGCAGACCUGGGGCUUAGUGGGCGGCCAGCUGGAGCACGAUGAGUGGUGGAUCUACGACUCGCAGCGCGUGAGCGAGGACCUGCGCCAGCGGGUGCUGCGGCGCGCGGCAUUGCGUGAGGCGCUCGAAGAGAUGGGCGGAGUGCCCGAAGGCUCCAAGAUGCCGUACACGCCCAUCAUCUUCGAGCCGCUGUGCGUGCAGGUGGCCGCCGAUGGCCAGGCGAUGCGGCUGCCGCGCCAGGAGAGGCGCUGGCCGGUGCCCGCGGGGCUCAGCUUUUUGGAGAACGAUCCGCAUCGCUCCAAGCAGCUGAGGGUGGAAAACAGCCACACCUAUGUCUUUGUCUACCUGUUCAACGACAGCCAUCGCGCCAUCAUGGCCAUUGGCCAGCUUCGCCGCGUCGCCUCGUUGAUGCCGCGGAAGACGGAGCCCAAGCCGCGGAGGGGCGCUCUGCGCAGCGCGCUCAGCGCGCGCAGCGCGGAGCUGCGGAUGGUCCACCUGCAGAGACCCUGCGGCGACGGGCCGCGGACGCUGCUGACCUUGGACCCGGAUCUCUUGAGGACCAAGGACGAUCGAAGUUUCGUGGAGAUUGUGAAAGAAGAGGUGAGAUCAAGGAUGGGAAUUCCCAACCUACGGCAGAAGCUCUUCUUGUCCAACGAGGCGCUGCCGCUGCAUGCCUCUUGGGCCGACCUGGGAAAGCCCCGGGAGAUUGAGCUGCACAUCAUGGAUUACGUGGACUCCCACGGGGCUGCGCUGCGACAAAUGGCCGAAGCGGGAAAGAUCCAGCAGGCGGAAGCUUGUCUCAUGUUGCCCCAGGAGCCUAACUCCAUGGACCGCGCGGGGGAGACGGCUGCCUUGAAAGCCUGUCGACGAGGCCAUAUGGAAAUGAUGCAGCUGCUUUGCUACGCAGAUGCUGACAUGAACUUGUCCAACAACCAGGGGGAAACGCCUUUGAUGCUGGCGGCACAGCAUGGUCACCAGGAGAUCGUGGAGUUCCUCCUUGAAAACGAUGUGGAGAAGGACCCCAGCAAUUGCUGGGGCGAAACGCCCGUUUUCAAAGCGGCAGAGAGGAAUCACCAUGAGAUUCUAAGACUACUGCUCGAAGCAAAGGCUCGUAAGGAGAAGCAGAACUUGGAUGGCGCGACCCCCCUGAAGAUCGCUGCAGCCAGAGGAAAUGUUCAGUGCAUCACUCUGCUGCUGCGUGUGGGUGCCAGCAAGAACAAGGCCAGUAACGAUGGUGCCACGCCGCUCUUUGUAGCCGCGCAGAAUGGCCAUAGGGCUUGCGUGUACUCUUUGUUGCAGGCGGGCGCCGAUCGCCACAAGGCCACCAACAAUGGCCAGGCGCCCCUGUUUGCUGCGGUACAGGCGGGCCAUGUGGAGGUGGUGAAGCUCUUGGUGGAGGGGCGACGUGGGGAUAAGGAGGCACGCUACAAUGGUGCCACGGCUCUCUACGUGGCUUCCCUCAAGGGUUAUGUGGCGAUUGUGAAUGUGCUUGUAGAGGGGGGUGCCGACCUCAAUGGCGCCACCCCGGCGAACGAGACGCCAUUGUUUGUGGCGUCCUUGCGGAACCAGGACGAGGUCGUGAAGGUCUUGUUGAGAGGUAGCGCAGAUGUGAACAAGGCCACCUCGGAUGGUGCCACACCACUGCUGGUCGCGGCUCAAGAAGGUCACAUGAAGGCCGUAAAGCUUCUGCUUGAAGCGGGCGCUGAUCACUGCCUGCGGAUGAGCACCGGCGAGACCGCCCUGGCGUUGGCCAAGGAUGAAGAGACCAAGGAGCUCUUUUGGACCACGCGCACACCGCUGCGGCCGGGCUUAAAUCUGCGUGGCCCCAACGUGCCCAAUGCACUUCGUAUGGGCCUGGCUGUAUGA